CCCCUCCUCCCUUCCCCCUCCCCCUUCCCCUCAGGUCUCCCUUGGUUUCUGUCUCCUCCUCUACUUCCAUCUCCUCCUUCUCCCUCUCCAUUUCCUCCUCCUCCCCCUCUCCCUCCUUUCGGUGGCGCAUUCCAGUACAGACACCACCGCUGUUCCGCUGCUGUCGACACCGUGUUCUGCUGUGCCUGCUGCCCACGUCGGCGCUGGCAGCUGGUUCCUCUCCCUCUCGUCCAUCCGCUGUCCAUCUCUCGCCAUCGGAUGCUGCGCUGAUUUCGUUACGGCUUCAUCGUCCAGGCUAAUCAUGCAACACCCCAGCGUCCCCUCCGCAUCUACCUGAGAGAGAGAGCCCCGUACAGCAUCAUCCUCGUCGUCGUCACCAGCAUCCUCGUCUCCAGACUCAUCUCCAGCGCGUGGGGGAUGCCCCUCGCCUAGCCUCAUCGCCGCGGACAACGCACCGGACACGGAAGAUACGCAUGCAGUGUGUCCGUAGCCAGAUGACAGGCACGUACGGACAACGGACCUGAGGAUUGUGGAGUUCUUUAUUUUUUUUAUUUUUGUUCAUUUUUUCGGGAGUUCGAGGAAAGUGAGUGCGUACGCGCGCGCGAGCAUGGAGAAGCCUAUGAAAGUGUUGAUAGCGGUCGCGGUGGUGACGCAAGGCUGCUCUGCGCUCUGGCUCGGGGAAUGCAACAAGCCCCUGGGCGUGUCCACGGGCGGGCUGGACGACUCGGCGCUGUCUGCCUCGUCCUCCCACGACCACAUCGUCGGCCCCCAUCGCGCAAG